UAGUGACAGUGUUUGUUUUACAUCAUUCGGCGCAAAAAAUAAUCGUCUCAAAGUAAAAUGUAAAGUGAAACCAGAAUAAAAAAUAAGUUGCUUUUAUAAUUAACAACAUGUCGACAUUUAUAAAUCACAGAGACGACAGUUCCGUGAACGUCGAUGAAGCAAUAACAAAAGAUAGUGUAACUUAUUAUAAAAUCGUUGUAAAAGUGGGGUUCGUGCAGUGGGAUGUAUGGCAUCGGUACAGUGACUUUGUAGAGCUCCACGACAAGCUUGUGAACGAUUUCGGCGUCGCUAAAGACCUACUUCCGCCGAAGAAGGUCAUUCGUAACAAGACGCCUAAAUUCAUUGAACACAGACGAGAGGCCCUGAAAGAAUAUCUCAAUAAUAUAUUUAAUUUUUUAAACCUCAAUUUGCCCUCUGACUUUGCUCACUUCUUGGACUUCCAUUUAUACGACAUAUUCUUUUUAUUACAAGAUUUAGCAAAAAAACUUUAUUUGGAGGGAGAUAAGAUGUUACAAAAUGAAAAGAUACAUAAAUUUACUCCAUUACAGCUUCAUGCAAUCAGUGAAAGAUUCAAAAUGGCCUGCCCACCCACAGAGAAACUCGACCAGAUGUAUGACUUCAGCCACAUACUAGAUUUUUGCUCGCAAGUACGCUCGCUCAGCAUAGAGGGCAGUUAUGAGAAACUCGGCACAAGUAACAUUGUGCCCAACGACCUGAAGUUUGAUUUGAUAGCAUUUAAGUCACUGAUGGACUUGAAGGUUCUAGGUGUACCUAUGCCAUGUAUACAGAGUGUUGGCAGUUUGCGCGACACCCUGUGCAGUUUGUCAGUGCUGAUAGCGACGGUGGUGUCGCUCAAUGAAUUCCUGCUCGUGGAUGUUCUACACAAGGACCCAUCGAGUAUCACCGAUUCCAUGAUAUGGAAGAAACUAACGACCAUAAACUUCUCUAGUAACAACAUAGCCAAAGUGGACUGGGCGAUACGCCUCGUCCCAAAGCUGCAGCACCUCAACUUGUCAUCAAACAGAUUGGACGAGCUCUGCGACGUGUCCUGCCUCCACGAUCUCCAAGUGCUGAAUUUAUCCAUGAAUCGUUUCAGCGCGUGCGAGAACUGGCACGAGAGGAUUGGGAACAUCGUCAGAAUAGAUUUAUCGCAAAACAAAGUCCAAUCGUUACAGGGUUUCUCGAGGCUGUACUCGCUGGAGAGUUUGGACCUGAGCUGCAACGUCAUAACGGAUAUAGAGGAAGUGCAGCACAUAUGCAGACUCCCGUGCCUAGAGUAUCUAUGGCUGACCGCCAACCCAGUGGCGUCGAGCAUAGACUAUAGAGUUAAGGUGCUGGAGCAAUUCAACGCCCGAAUGUCGGAAUUGUGUUUGGACAAUGAAAAAGCGUCGGAGAGGGAAUUGGACACGGCCCGCGUUCUGCAAGCGUUGAGGGUAGUUAAAGAGAAGAAAACGCCGAGCUUCUUGCAAAACAAUAACACGAGUCAUAGCUUUCAUAGGAGUUGACGACCGGUGUGAUUUGUUUUUUAGCUAAUAUUCUGUUACUGACGAUUUAAAACCGAAUAUCUGGAGAUAUGUCAGUUUUAAAUUUACUUUUACUCGUGUAUAGUAAGAGAGUAUUUUGCAUUGCUUCAAUUAUGCUGAGUGUAUUUGGGGCUAGAAGUAUUGUAGCUUUAAUUGAGUUUUUUUUUAAAAUGACAGUUUGAUAAUACCCAGUUUUUUGCUUUCUUUAUUAAGUUUUAAUGAAUCACUCUUCACUUGUGAUAAUAUGUAUCAAUAAUUUUUGUAUUUGAAACAUUUUUGAAUAACGAAUUUAUAUUAUAGAUAAUUAAUUGUUUUGGUUCACGAAACCGAUCAUUUAAGAUUACCAUUCCAAAAUAUGGUGCUAGGGCAUUGAGUAACUUCAUAUAUUCAAAAAUACCAUUUUCAAAUGCAAUGAAAAUAUCUCAAGAUAGAUUUUUAUUUGCAAUACCAAUAUGUAUUUAACAAUAAUAUUAAACAAUAUUGUGUGUGUGUUAUUAACUCAAUGUAUGUAUUAAGAUAUAUUGUUAUAUCAAUAAUUUAUUUAAGAUGAAAUAUGUAAAAUUAUUUUUAAAAAUUAACUUGAUACACAAUUCUAUAGAAUCGCUUUAAAAACUGCCCUCAAAUUUGUUUGUCAACAUUUUAGUCGAAUGAAACAAACAUAGAAGCAUAGUCAAGCUUUUUAUUAGCAUUAUUGGCAGUACUAUGAGAUGUAUUCACAAAACGUACCAAAAGCAAUAAAACUUGACGGCCUAAGCGAUAGCUUAAUUAUUUCGAAUAAAUAAAUUCAACCUUAUUUGCAUGAGUUUAAGUCGAAUUUAUAAAGCAUUUGAGGACAUGUUUUGAUUCUGAUUGUGUAUCUAUUGAGAUGAAAUCAUCGCAAACACCAUCAUAUUCAAAUCCAAUAUAAGAUCAUACAAACAUGUUGCUUAAAUGAUCGAAUGUGCAUGUUAAAAAUGCAAUAUAUUUUGUAAUAAGCCUCAGCAUUAUCAACAUUAUUAUAAAUAUUAAGGUAAAGACAUUAUUUUGUAUAAUAUUAGUGUAUAAAAUACAAUGUAAAAAUAAUAUAAUUGAUGACUAAACUACACCUAUCAAGGUGGAAUAGUAUUGUUUUCUAGAAGUAUUAUAUUUGUGAUUUUUUUUAUUGUAAAACAAUACGUAUUGUGUUAUAUUAAAGUUAUAUCACGUUAGUCCUU